GCGGGGGCACGAUCGGCCCCUUCGCGUCGCGCAGGGACAGAGCCGGGGACUCUGUGCCUGGCCAGGCGAAGAGAGCGAGAGCGCGGCUCCCGGAGGCGGUGUGCGCCCGGCUGUCACCAUGAGCGACCAGGCUUUGAGCUUCUUGAAGGACUUCUUGGCUGGCGGCGUCGCCGCUGCCAUCUCCAAGACCGCGGUUGCCCCCAUCGAGAGGGUCAAACUGCUGCUGCAGGUCCAGCAUGCCAGCCAACAGAUCAGUGCUGAGAAGCAAUACAAAGGGAUCAUUGAUUGCGUGGUGAGAAUCCCCAAGGAGCAGGGCGUUCUCUCCUUCUGGAGGGGUAACCUGGCCAACGUGAUCCGUUACUUCCCCACCCAAGCUCUCAACUUCGCCUUCAAGGACAAGUACAAGCAGAUCUUCCUGGGGGGCGUGGACCGGCAUAAGCAGUUCUGGCGCUACUUUGCCGGUAACCUGGCUUCCGGUGGGGCAGCUGGGGCCACCUCUCUCUGCUUUGUCUACCCGCUGGACUUUGCUAGGACCAGAUUGGCCGCCGACGUGGGCAAGGGUGCUGCCCAGCGUGAGUUCACUGGUCUGGGCAACUGUCUCACCAAGAUCUUCAAGUCUGAUGGCCUGCGGGGUCUCUACCAGGGUUUCAAUGUCUCUGUCCAGGGCAUCAUUAUCUACAGAGCCGCCUACUUUGGAGUCUAUGACACGGCCAAGGGGAUGUUGCCUGACCCCAAGAAUGUGCACAUUAUCGUGAGCUGGAUGAUUGCCCAGACUGUGACGGCGGUCGCAGGGCUGGUGUCCUACCCUUUUGACACUGUCCGCCGUAGAAUGAUGAUGCAGUCUGGUCGGAAAGGGGCGGAUAUUAUGUACUCUGGGACAGUGGACUGCUGGAGGAAGAUUGCAAAAGACGAAGGACCCAAGGCUUUCUUCAAAGGCGCCUGGUCCAAUGUGUUGAGAGGCAUGGGCGGUGCUUUUGUAUUGGUAUUGUAUGAUGAGAUCAAAAAAUAUGUCUGAUGUAAUUAAAACUCAAGUUCAUUGGUUCCAGA